GACGGCGCCGCGAUCACUGAGUCACAAUGGGGCACAAAAAUUUAGCGGUGGUCCAGAGCUUUCCAGGGCUUUCCAUUUCUCCACCACCUUCCCCAGUCAUCUUCUGCAGUUCAGAAAUAUGGCCUCAGCAGCUUCUCACUAUCAAGGUCCUGCGUCCCUUCCUUCGGAUUACGCUUUGUUGUCGCGCUAUGCUGCUCGCAAUACACUUACUGAACAGAACACCCAACAAGAAAACGAUAGAACUGAUGAAGAAUCUGACGACGAAGACGUUACUCUAGAUGCUUCAAGAGGCGAUAGCUCCGAGCACUGGAGUGUUCCUCGUCGUCGGCGGUCCUCAAGAGUUUCCAUAGGUCCUCACACCGAGCCCGCCAUCGAACGUGUCGUCGCUCCACGGGUAUGUUCGAACGAAAAUACUCCGCUUCUCAACCCACCGCGGAUUGUGGAAGACGUGGAACGAAAUGAUCGCACCGCACAAGAAAGCUCCGUUCAAAUGUUUCGCGAUGAAUUACGGAUCUUGACCAAGUAUUCAAUUCCUGUGUUUUGCACACAUCUUUUAGAGUUUUCCCUUGUCAUUGCUUCUGUUCUCACAAUCGGGCAUCUAUCCACCAAAGCUCUGGCGGCAAUAACUCUCGGAUCGAUGACCGCAAAUGUAACAGGACUCAGUAUUCUUCAAGGGUUUACCAGUGCGCUUGAUACCGUUCUUCCGUCUGCCUGGACGUCAUCCCAACCCCAUCUCGUUGGAUUGUGGGCCCAAAGAAUGGGUGUUGUUAUAGCUGAUCCAGAAGUCGCUCACCUUGCUGGAGUAUAUUUGAAAUGGUUGUCGCCGGCUCUACCAGCGUAUGGUUUUAAUUUGGUUAGUCGGCGGUAUUUUCAAUCACAAGGUCUCUUCACCGUCCCUACACGUAUCAUUUUCGUGGUAGCUCCUAUCAACGCGCUCUUGAACUAUCUGCUUGUUUGGGGACCCGAACCCAUCCGUCUGGGUUUCAUUGGAGCUCCCAUUGCCUCCGCCAUAUCGUUCAAUCUUAUAUCUCUCAUAUCAUUGAUAUAUGGCGUGUUUUUCGUACCCAGAACGGCUUGGUAUCCUAUCUCCAAGCGGACGUUUACGAGCUUGGGUGCUUUGGUACAUUUGGGGCUCGGUGGCGUCGGGCAAACUGCUUCAGAGUGGUGGGCUUGGGAGUUGGUCGGUCUUUCGGCUUCCUUAAUCAGUCCAGUAGCUCUUGCUAGUCAAUCCGUGCUUCUAGUCUCUUCAUCGGCAACCUUUCAAGCUCCGUUUGCGCUCGCUGUUGCUACUUCUGUUCGGAUUGGGAACCUGCUUGGAGAAAAAAGAGCACGACGAGCAGGAGUUGCGGCCAACGCGGCGCUCGCUAUUGCGUUUAUCAUUUCAAUUGUAUGGAGCCUUAUGUUCUUUGUCUUCCGAGAUCAAUGGUCGUAUAUCUUCAAUGACGAUCCCGAGGUUGCAGCACACGUUUCCUCUACGCUUCCGCUGGUCGCUCUAUUCCAAGUGUUUGAUGGAAAUGCGGCGGUCACGGCUGGUGUAUUAAGGGCAAGAGGGAAACAAGUCGUCGGUGCAUUAUUGAAUCUGACCGGAUACUAUGUUAUUGGUAUUCCUUUUGGAAUUUGGCUAGCAUUUAGUUUGAAUCUCGGUCUCCACGGAUUAUGGAUUGGUCUCACGAUCUCGUUGAUUUUUUCUGCGGUAUUCGGGACGGCGUUGUGUUUGAGAACGGAUUGGGACCAUGAAGUGGCGAAGGUGAUGGAACGAGUUGCUCAAGAGCACAAAGCGGCUGAAGAUGAGCGGUAAGGAUGACGGACGCAGAUUAUAAGUGUUAUCUCCCAAGCUGCUGUAGAUUAGGGUUUGAGGUUUCUUCCAUAGCUUUGGAUGUAUAUAGCACUGGGUUUUGGUUC